AUGAGAAGAUUAGUGCUUAGUAGUACCUCUUGGUGUGCAUUUGAUUUCACAUCAUCCUCCCCUUCUUCAAAAGGAAUUGUCCUCAAUUCUAGCACAUCUUCAUCUUCUAAGGCUGAUGAUAGAGGAUUGAAGAUAGAAGUCCCGGAGUUUGACGGAGCUAGUGAUCCGGAAACAUACCUUGAAUGGGAACGAUCUUUAGAACGUUUCUUUGAUUACAAGGAUACUCCACAUGAGAGGAAAUAUAAGGUUGCUGUUUUGAAGUUAACCAAAUAUGCAUCAAUUUGGUUAGAUGGCGUGAAGAGACAAAGGAUAAAGGAGGACAAAUCCAAGAUUGCUACAUGGGAUAAAUUGAAGAAGCAAUUAAGGAAGCGUUUUGUGCCAACUAACUACAAACAAAAUCAGUAUGUUAGAUGGUCCACACUCAAGCAAGGCGCCAUGUCCAUGGAGGAGUACAUCAAGGAGUUUGAGAAGCUUUCCAUUGUUUGUGAAAUAGAAGAAAUGGAGGAGCAAAAGCUAGGUCGAUUCCUAGGAGGCCUAAAUGAAGAUGUACGAGAGAAAGUGGAGGUGUAUCCAUACCUUACUUUCGAUGAAGCUUGCAAAGUGGCUCUCAAAAUUGAUGGCCAAAAGAAGAAAUCAGUUGUAAGUAAGUCUUAUUCAAAGCCAUUUAGUACUUUUAAAGCUAAUCCUAGUACUAGUAACUUUGAUAAGAACAAAAAAACCGAUUUCACUAAGAAAGAUAAGGAGAAGGUUGUAGAUGAUAAAUCUUUAAAAGUGAAAUGUUUUAAGUGUCAAGGCUAUGGUCAUUUUCAAUCUGCUUGUCCUACUAAAAGAGUCAUGACCAUAAGAGACAUAGAGGAGAUAGAAGAAUUGGAAAAAGAAUCUCUUUUAGAGAUGGAACAUGAUAAAAUCGAAAGUGAAGAGGAGGAUGUAUGUAAGCUAGAAAUGGAGGGUGAAACUUUGGUUCUUAGAAGGUCUUUUUAUUCUAAUGUUGUGGCUGAAAAUGAAGAACAAAGAGAAACCAUUUUUCAUUCUAAAUGCUUAGUGAAUAAAAAGCUAUGCACUUUGAUUAUAGAUGGAGGUAGUUGUACUAAUGUUGCUUCAACUGAAUUAGUAGAGAAAUUAGCACUACCUACUAUCAAACAUCCACAUCCUUAUAAGCUAAAAUGGUUAGAUGAUGAUAAUGAAGUAAGGGUGAAAAAUAGAGUCUUACUCACGUUUUCAAUAGGAAAUUAUCAAGAUGAAAUUCUAUGUGAUGUAAUUCCUAUGACUGCUUGUCAUGUGUUACUUGGUAGACCUUGCCAAUUUGAUCGAAAAGUUAUACAUGAUGGUGCUACUAAUGUGUAUAAGGUGAAUAAGGAUGGAAAAAUCAAAACCCUACUACCAUUACCCCCUUCUAAAAUCCGAAACACAAAGCCUAAACCAAAAGAAAACCUAAUGUGUGGAAGUGUGUUUUUAGGGAGAAAAAAAUUUGAGAGGGAGUUGGAGGCUAAUCAUGUUGUGUAUGUGCUGGUUGCUAAGGAGGUGAAUGAAGGAAUGGAGGUGGAAGAUCCGAAAUUGAGGGAGUUGUUGGAGGAGUUUAAGGAUGUGUUUUCUAGUUAA